AUGCGUUGGAGCGAACAGAUAACACAAGACUUUGUCAAAAUGUACUUAAAAUACGAUUGCUUGUGGAAUACGAACCAUCCUGAUUAUAAAUUGAGACAGCGAAGAGAUAAGGCAUAUUCCUCGUUAUCAGCAGAAUUUAAAGCAGUUUCCAAAAUUUCACUCACAACUACUGAAAUAAAAGUCAAGAUAAAGAAUCUGAGAUCUACAUAUAUGCAAGAAGUGAACAAAGUGUUCCAGAAAUCUAGCCCUGAUUGGAUAUACAAACCUUCACUGGUGUGGUUUGAGGACAUGGAUCGUUGCCUAAAACACACCUAUGUACGGCGAUCGACUUCAAAUUCUAAUAUACAACAAGGACCUGAGGUUGAUUCAUCCUGUCAAAUUUGGGUGAACCAAAUGGAUGCAAAUCUUAAAGAGGAACUCGAUCCUGAUCCACUUAUUCCAAAAGAUAAUUACUGUGACUCCCCAAGGCCAGAAGAAUCUAACCAAGAUGAUUCAGAGACAUUACUCCCACCAAAAAAAUCGAAAAAGAAAAAACAAAUGAAGUCAAUUAUUUCAGACAAUUCGGAAAUCACAAAAGAGGAUGAGUUUGACAUUUUUGGCAAAUACAUAGCAGCUCAAUUAAGAAGCAUGCACCUGCACAAAGCCCUUCGGUUGCAGCUAGAAAUACAUGGCUUGGUGAAUGAAGCGAGGGUUUCUGAUAAUAAUGACUAG